ACGCCGCGGCGCGGACAUGGGCCGGCUGUCCCCGCGCCUCGCGGAGCCCGCCCAGCGCACAGCCCCGCGGAGCCCGCCGCGCGCUCGCCUCCCCGGGGACCCAGCUCCAUGAGGCCGUCCUCCCUGGCCCCUCCGCCCGCCGGACCUCGCCUCUGACGCCAGCCCCACCUGCAGCCUCGGAGGCCCUGCCUCCGCCCCUGGGCACCAUGCCCAUCCUCAAGCAGCUGGUGUCCAGCUCCGUGCACUCCAAGCGCCGCUCCCGUGUGGACCUCACGGCCGAGAUGAUCAGCGCGCCGCUGGGCGACUUCCGCCACACCAUGCACGUGGGCCGGGCGGGCGACGCCUUCGGGGACACCUCCUUCCUGCACAGCAAGGCCGGGGAGCUGGAGGGCGAGCCCCCCGACGAGCAGGCGUCCGCCGCGCCCUCCUCCUCCUCCUCCUCCUCCUCCUCCUCCAAGCGCGGCCUCCUGUCCCGCAAGUUCCGGGGCAGCAAGCGGUCGCAGUCGGUGACCCGGGGGGACCGGGAGCAGAGGGACAUGCUGGGCUCGCUGCGGGACUCCGCCCUGUUCGUCAAGAACGCCAUGUCCCUGCCCCAGCUGAACGAGAAGGAGGCCGCCGAGCGGGGCGCCGGCAAGCUGCCCAAGAGCCUGUCGUCCAGCCCCGUGAAGGCUGGCAGCGGGGGCCGGGAGGGGGACCCCGAGGCGGCCCGUGGCGGGGAGGAGGGGGUGCCCCGGCCGCGGAACGGGGCCGCCUCCCCCCACGCCCUCGACCCCCUCCUGGACGAGCGGGCCUUCGGGGACCUGACGGACCUGCCCGUCGUGCCCAAGGCCGGCUUCGGGCUGAAGCACGCCGAGUCCAUCAUGUCCUUCCACAUCGACCUGGGGCCCUCCAUGCUGGGCGACGUCCUGAGCAUCAUGAACAAGGAGGAGUGGGACCCGGAGGAGGAGGAGGAGGAUGGCGGUUACCACGGCGACGAGGAGGAGCCGGGCGGCCUCCCCAAGGUUCCCCUCUCCGGGCCGGGGGCCCCUCUCCCAUCCAGGCAGGAAGGCAAGGCCGGCCGGGACUCCCCCCUGCAGCCCCCGCCGGCGCCGCAGGACGAGGGCUGGGCGGCCGCCGCCCCGAGUCCCGGCUCCGCCCGCAGCCUGGGCAGCCACACCACGCGGGACAGCAGCUCCCUGUCCAGCUGCACGUCCAGCGUCCUGGAGGAGCGCAGCCCCGCCUUCCAGGGGCCGGAGAAGGCCCGGGGCCCCCUCCCCAGGCAGCCCGACAAGGAGUUCUCCUUCAUGGAUGAGGAGGAGGAGGAUGAGAUCCGGGUGUGAGGCCGGCCAAGGUGGCUUCACGCCCUUGGCCCCAUCUCCCUGCCUCCAGCCCACCCCCUUCCCUUUGAGGGGGGCAGCCAAGAGCCUGGCUUCGGCCACGGACCCUGGGCCUCACGGGUGGGUGGGGGGCGCUGGCCGAGCCUGGGGCCCGGGGCGGACUGGGGCGCUGGUCCUGGGGCCUGACGCUGUCCACAGCCCGGCCUCCCUGUGCUCCGUGGGACGGGGCUGUGUCCUCACAGCGGGAAGCUGGUUCCUUUUCCCCACGUUGGCCUCCGACGGCUGCCAGACGCCCACCUGGGUGCCCGCCUGCCGCCUGCCGUGGUGCAGGCUGGCUCAGGGGCGACCUUUGGCCAUUGCUAAGGACAGGGCUCUCCUGCCUCCCCCAGGCUCCCUUGGAGUUCCUGCUGUGGCCUGACAGUGACCUCCUCUCCCCCUUAAACGUGUGUCACCGGAGGCCUGGGGUGGGCACGGCCGGCCCCCCCCCUCCCGUCCCCGCUGUCCCAGCGCACGGAGCCUAGGGGCCUUGGAGGAGAGCCGCACUGACAGCCCUGAUCACUCCCGCGGCCCCUUCCCGGGAGGAGGACGGGGCGGGAGCGGGAGGGAGCCCUGGGCUUCUAGCCUUCGGGAGACAGGCCUGCCAGAGGACACCGGGCAGGGACCGCCGUGGCCCCGCAGCCCCUGCGGGUUUUGCCGCUCUGUCUGCUACGUGGCAUCUCCGAGGGCAGCUUCCGGAGCAGCCCUGGAUCUGCCGUCAGAGGGAACUCCCUUUCAGUUUAGACUCCGUGCGUCCGACCUCCGCUGAGAAUGGUACGGGGUGCGUGUCUGCGUGCCAGCCCCCCUCCCCCCAUAGUAUGAACGGCAGGUGGGCAGUGUAGUAGGAUAUUUCUGGAAAAUGGCUUUUUUUUUUUUUAAGUAAUAUAUCAUCCGGGGCGGGGGGGGGGGGGGGCUUAAAAGUUUUUGUUUUGGGACUUAGUUAUUCCCUCUUCACUGCCCGCUCCACACACACACAGCUUCUCCCUUUCCCAGGCCUCUCGCCAGCUGCGGAGGCAGCGGCCCUGAGGGCAGAGGUACCAGGGCGGCCAGAUGUAGCAACAAAAACGAAAGGAUGGUGGGGCUGUUUUUUGUUUUGUUUUGUUUUUUUGGGGGGUAUUAAGUGUGCCCUUUGCCGUACGGAACACACUCACAUCAAACCGUUCCUGUUGUUCCUCUGAAGUACAGAUGUCAGCCCGUGCCCUCUAACCCUGCUCAAGGGGAUUGCGUAGGCGCCUGGUGUGAGUCCCAGGGUGAGCGGACGGUGGCUUUUCUGUCCUGGGAACAGGCUGACCCACUGCCUCUGUCCCCUGGCAGCCAAUGGGGGGAGGGGGCGGGGGAGCGGGGGGGAGGGGUGUCGGCUACCGCAGGAUCCAGCCAGGGGGGAGGGGGGCCGCUCCCGCCUCCUGUUUGCUGCCAGAUCCUGACUCAGACACUAACCUGCUCCAGGCCGCAGUGCCCCGGGGGUGCUCGGUUCCCCGCUGCCUGCCCCUGAGCCCCCUCCCGACGGUGGUCCGUCCCGGAUUCUGAGCUGUAUAUUUUUUUCACGAAGUUGUUAAAACCGCGAGGCAACAAUAAAAAAGCCCUUUAGC